AUGUCCGAAGUCGCGCUCCCGACUACAACGCCAACAUCAAGAGCCGUGGCUGAGCGGCGCGCGCGGGGUCGUGGCGGCGCAGAGGCCUUGGCUGCGACGGCCCGCAUCGCGUUGCGCCGCGUCAACAGCCUCUGCGCCUUUGCAUCUGCGGGGAGAUACACCGCUCUGCGCGAGGAGGAGGGCGAGGAAACGCUAUCUCUCCGCCCCGCGCGCGCUGCCUUGACCCGCGCCAACGGCGCGUGCGGCCGCCCCCGCCGGCGAGCGCGAGCAGGCCUCGCCGAGGCGUUCGUCUCCGCGCCGCGCCGCGCCGCGCCGCGCCGCGCCGCGCCGGCCACGCUCCCAAGGCGAGGGCCACAGAGCAGCGCAUCUGCGCGGGAUGUUACUUCAAUUGCCUGCCGAUCUGUGAACUUGAAUGGAUAUUUGCUAGGACAAGGGCAGAAAUAUGACUGCCCGAGAGGGAAUAACGUUGCCCGCCCUGUCAUGUUCUGUGAAAUCCUACUUCAGAGAUCCCUACGAAAACCAUCUACAGAAAAGAAUCUGCACGACAAUCAGAAGACGAAGAAAGAGAACCUUUGCUCCCAUCAGAGGCAAGCUCCACGUGGCGCCCUGAAAUAUCCUCGACUUCGACCCGUCAAAGCAGGAAGCGGCCCUCGCCACCCGCUAUAACCCCGGCGCGCACUACGAUAUUUCAUGCCUGCCCUCUCCCGACCCGCCUUCCCCUCCCAUUUCACAACACUUCCCCCCCUUCCUGUUUCUCCCGUUCCCGCCCCAUGCCCCUCCUGCCCUGUUCUGUACCUCUUCCUUCUUUCGCGGUUCGGCUGUUUCCACUCUUGCCAGAGCGCGCACCGUUCCGACCAAUUCCACUCCGCCUUUCCACGUUUUGCCUCGUCCUCUCCCGACCCGACCAGCUUUGCCAGCCAUCUCGCUAUGUCCAGCCCCUCUCAUCCGAUUCGUUUUGUCCUCGACUCGGUCCUCUCCCCGUUCCACUCUGCCC